GUGAUCUCCGGCCUCCCCGCGGCGACUCGACCCCGGAAGCAGGGUAUCGGGCUCGGCUGCGGAUGCGGCGGGAGACUGCGGUGCGAGCCUCAGAUCCCAGCGGCAGCCAUGUUUCACUUCUUCAGGAAGCCUCUGGAACCGAAAAAGCCCUCAGUGCCAGAGACGGAAGCGGACGGAUUUGUCCUUUUAGGAGAUACAACAAAUGAGCAAAGAGGGACAGCAAGAGGUAAAGCUUCAGAAGUAGAAGGCGGUCAGCUGACUGGCAAAGAAAACCCCUCCGGUGUGACUGCAGCCGGCCCUGAGGCGGAGAGGCCGGCAGGCCAGCCUCUGGAAAGCAGCUCGCUGAUGGCUGAGCUUCUGGCCGACGUGCCCUUCACCCUGGCCCCGCACGUGCUGGCCGUGCAGGGCACCAUCAGUGACCUUCCCGACCACCUGCUCGCCUGCGAUGUCAGUGAGAACUUGUCACGGUUUUGGUAUGAUUUUACUCUGGAAAAUUCGGUGCUCUGUGAUUCGUAAUUUUUGUUUGUACCUUAACAGCUUUAAAACAAAAGUUUGCCUAUUGUAUUUCACCUGUUUUGUGUUCUUUGCCAUUUCAUUGUCUGAAGGCCCUCAGAAAAGCUAGCACCCUAAAGUAAACAAUAGUGUUCAUGGCCCUGGUUUUCAGAAUAAAAUAUAUUUGUAUGAAAAUGGAACUUCUACUUCCUUUUCCCAGAUAAUAGAAAAAUUAGGCAAUCAUAGUUUCAUGAAAGGAGUAGAUUUCUUUAAUCAGGCUCUCAAAAUAUAACACCUCAAAUUUCUCUUAGAAGAACUGUGAAAAAGAACCGUGGCAUUUUCCUUGGUUACCACAAGUCUGAAGUCUGCCCUUCGAGAGAGUGUGAAUUCUCUUCCCUGGUUUGGAGGAAGCUUGAGUUAAUAUUAUUCUCUUUCUUCUUCCAAAGAUUUUACGAAUGAGUUCAGAAAAAAUUGUUGCCAGUUAGCUUAAUUUCUUAGUCUUGAUAUAGACACUGAAGGGGAAAUUGAAAACUUUUCCUAAAAAGCAAGGGGGGUUGCUGGUACAGGAAUGCUCUCGCUGCUGUCGCCUCGUGUGAUGAAUUUCCGCUUCCUUAAGCCCACGGCGGUCCUUUGCACCCUGAGUGAUUCCUGUGUUCCUGCCUUGUUUCUGCCUUGAUGCUUCUUUGGAGGUGCCCCCUCGCGAGCUUCCCUAAGAACGUUCCCUGCCUCUGCCUCUGCUUCUGCCUUUGUUCGCAUCUACUCUCCUGACCACAUAUGUUCCUAGUUUCUGAAGAGACCCACAUUUCCUUCCCACCUCUCUGCCUCCCAAAGAAACACAUCUCACGAUGAUACACACUGCUGAUAACAAACACCCUUAUUUAGAAAUGUGUUGGCCACAACACAGAAGGAAAUGUCUUACUGCCAGAAAAACGGAAAUCAACUCAUUUCCAAUGAGACUGUAGGCAGAACACCUAGAUAUGACUUCUAGUUCUUGAAUAUCCAUUAUUUAUUGGAACCAAAACAGAAAAGAACUGCUAUUGGUCAGUCAGCUGCAAAGGGAAGCGGGAAGUUGUGGUGGUGUUUUCUGUGCCAUAUAAACUUUGACUCACGUUUGCUCUGAAUAGUAGCAAUACCAUUUAUUAAUUCUGUGCCAAAUUGUAAGUAUAUUUUUCACAAAGAUAUAGACUGCCAUAGCAAAACUGAACACUGUGCAUAAAGGUACAUGAAUUAUUCAAGUUCUAAUGUGGUAUGCAUGUCUUUUUAAUAAAUGUGGCAUGUUCUUGAUAAAAAUGCUAUGUUAUUUAAAAGAUGAACAUUUCUAUUGAAAAAAUGUGUAUUUACAAAUAAUGUUAUCAUAUGAGGUAAAUGGUUAAGUUAGAUCUUUAGUUUUUGUAAAACAUCAGUCUAGGAAAUAUGACUUACUACUAACAAAAAUGUGAUCAUUUUACAGCAGUUUUUGUGAAAGCCCAUCCUUUUUAAUAUCCAUGUUACUGUACCUCAAGGGUAAAUCUA